UAUCCAUUCGUCGUCAGCUAGAAAGCAUCUACUACUUUAGAAGAAUGAUGCUUUUAUCUUAGUAUAGAUUCGAUGUUCGAUAGUUCAGUGUUUUUAUUUGCUAAAAAUUGCCAUAUUUGGAAAAACUGAUUAAAAGGAAUUGUUGGAAAAAGUUGCCAAAAACAGAAGAAAUUUAUCAGUCCCGGAAGAAUUGAAAUGAAUCGGAGGCCUCAACUCAAAUAUCUGAUUACCAGAUUGGGAAUGUAGCAAGGAAGACGUUCCAUGGUUUCAGAAAGGUUUUCCAUGAAAGGAAGCUUUUGUUGCAAGAAUUAGUAAAAUGGAACGCAGAAGAUACCUUCUUCUUAUCAUUUGUAUCGUUAUUCCAAUCUUAAUUCUGGGAGACGAUCAAACGAUGGUGUUCGAUGAUACGGAAAUUGAUAUUGAUUUCGAACAAGACCUUUUCGAAGAGCCAUCACCAGAUUCUUAUUGUCUCAGGACAAAUGCUACCAUAUCUCUAAAUCUCAACCACACAGGACUUCAAUUAGUUUACAAAGGCUUCAUCGAUAAAUCCCCAAUAACCUGUCUCACCCUCGAAGGCAAUAAUAUCAUAGUCAUUCCCAAUGGAACCUUCGAUAAUUUACCAAAUUUGACCUACCUAAACCUUGCUAGAAACAACAUAGCUGCUGAAAAAUUACUCUCUUUCGGAGCUCACAAGAAUUUAAAAACACUUAUUUUGGAUGGAAAUGCCAGGAACGACUUUUCUGGAAAAUUUGUCUCAUACGGAAAACUACCGAAUUUAAAAAAUCUCUACCUUCGAAAUAAUAGAUUACAUCACUUAAAUUUCAGUGACAAUUUUCCUAAUCUGACUCACCUAUAUUUAUCUGGAAAUACUGGAGGAAUUGAAAGAUAUCUUCAAAACAUUCCAAAAAGUUUGUUUCAUUUAGAAUUGGAAAAAAGUGACAUUUAUCGAUUCAAUAUUACAUCUCUCCAAAAUAUUUCCUCCCUUUUUAUUGGUGAAAAUAAUUUUAAUAAAUUGGGCUGUUGUGAUGAUAAGUAUAUGAAUCCCGGGAACAAAGAAAGUUUAAAGAUAUUAUCUGUUUCUCAUUGUUAUAUAAGAAUAGUUCAGCCAGAUGCUUUUAAAGGAAGUUACAAUUUAGAAAAAAUAGAUCUUUCUUUUAAUAUGAUAUCCGAUAUUUCGUACACGACAUUUAGUUCACUGACAUUUUUAAAAAUUCUUUCUUUAAGUCAUAAUUUACUUAAUAGAAUUCCUAAAGGAAUUUCACUGUUGGGAUUGAAGAAACUUUUUCUAAGUCACAAUAAAAUUGAAGCUCUACAAGUAGAUUCAUUUAAAGAUUUUACUGGGUUAGAAACUUUGUCCUUAAGAGGUAAUAAUAUAGCCUUUAUACAACCAGAAGUUUUCGCUCAUUUGAAAAAUUUGACUGAACUGGACCUUGCUGAAAACCGAUUGCAGAAACUAUAUAAAGAUUGGGCUCAACCAUUAAAGAAUUUUAAAUAUUUGAAUAUGAAUUCGAACCAGGUUUCUCUGACUGAAUUGCUCUUUUUAAAAAAUUCUUCACUGAAAAAUUUAUUUCUGAAGAAUAAUAGCAUCAAUAGAAUUAAAGUAGAAUCUAUGACAAAUUUACCAAAGGGUGUAACUUUGCAUUUGGGAAGUAUUGUCGUAAGAAAAUGGUCAACAAAUUUGGGAUACGUAGGAAAAUAUGGAAUAUGUAAUCAAAAAACAAUGCUCUGCUUCUCAAUUUUCAAAGUUGAGAAAAUGGCUCGAAACUCAAUUAUUUUGGUGCUUUUGAAAUUCUUCAUAAUAAACAUCACUUGCCAAGUUCUUGUUUUGAAUAAAACACUAUCAGUUCAAACAUACACCCAACAGCUCGACAUACCAAGUGGAAACUGUAACACAAUGAAGAAAAAUAUGACCCUAAAAUUAUCCAAGGCAGAUCUAGAGAAAAUAAACGAUGGAUUCAUGGAAAGUCCCUAUUUAAAUUGCCUAAGCCUAGAAGACAAUGACAUAAGAGAAAUUUCACCAGAAGCAUUCCAAAAUUUACCAAAUCUCUAUUAUUUGAAUCUGGCGAGAAAUUUGAUUCCAACUUCAAAACUUUUUUCUUUUAAUAAGCAUAUCCAUAUAAAAACGCUGAUUUUAGAUGAAAAUAAUCGUCAAAGAAAAGACUGUAACCUAACCAUCGACAAAUCUUAUUUCCCCAGUUUAGAAAACCUGUAUCUUCGGCGAAACGGAAUUUGCAGUAUGACCGCAAAUCUGAAGAAGAAUAUGCCUAGAUUAACCCACCUGUAUAUGACACACAAUAACAUUCAGAAUAUCGAUUUUCUAAAUGUGCCAUCAACUUUGACCCACAUGUACCUGGAAAAAAAUUCAAUUAGAAAAUUUAAUGCUACGAUGAUAAAAAAUAUAGAAUUCCUCGCUUUGGAUGAGAACAAGAUUGAAAUUGUUUGUAAUACAUAUUGUCAUGAACUUUCCCUUUCUUUAAAUAGUGCUACGAAUUUGAAAUAUCUAUCGUUAUCUGGAAAUUGUGUGAAUGAUGUAGAACCAGAUUCUUUUGAUGAAACGUUUAAUUUGACUAAUUUGGACCUUUCUAAUAAUAAAAUUGACAUUAUUAGGAAAGGAACUUUUAAUUCUAUAAUAAAGCUUCAAAAUCUUUCACUCAGCAACAAUAUUCUGAAGACUAUGCCAGAUUUAUCAUUAUUAACAAAUCUUCAAACAUUGAACCUGAGUGACAAUAAAUUGGAAGUUAUUCCAACUGGAGAAUUCGGAAACCUUUUUAUGUUAAAAAUAUUAUCAUUAAGUAAUAAUUUAUUGAAAAACUUAGAAGUGGAAUCUUUUGGAAAUCUAAUCUCUUUGGAGGAACUUUAUCUGGCAAAUAAUGAACUUAAACAUCUUCCAAUAAAUUGGAUUACAUCAUCAGAUAAGCUUCGAAUUUUGGAUCUAAGGGGUAACUGUUUCUCUGAUUUCAGAAGUUUGUCUCUGGGAAAUAUGGAAUCCUUGGAAGUUAUAUUCCUGCAGAAAAAUCCUGUGAAAUAUGUGAAUACAGGGUCGCUAUUCAAUCUUCCGAAGAACGUUUCUAUAUAUUUGGAGAAUGAAUACAGAGUACAAUGUUCGAAAAUUGAGGAAUCGAAGGGAUUGGGUAAUGGAAGUGCUGUUUCGAUAACUAAGGGAUUAUCAACUAAGCGCAUACCCACUGUUGAAAGGGUAGAUUAAUUGGUGAAAGAUAAUCGAUAUUUUCAUAUUAUAACAGUAUGUAAUUGAUGAAUUUUAAUGUGUGCU